UGAUUUUAGCCGAGAAAUAAACUACGAAUGCCUUCCCCAUUACUUAUACCUUUUAAUAAUAACAAAACCAUAUAUCGUGGAUAUCUGAAUGUACAACAGCAAAGUUUAGAAUUCUACAUUGAGGUUCAUUUGCGCACACCAGGUGUCCUCCAGGGGGCGUCAUUAUCAUGUAGCUGGAAAAUGAAGCAUUUGCUCGCUGACUGCCUCAAUACAGUGAAUAGAAGACUCCAAGAGAGCAAUUCAUUAGCUGAGUUCGCCAUUGAACUGCAAAAUAUCUUGGAAACUCAAGUUGGGAAGCAAAGCCCGAGUAAGCUAGUGUGUCAGCCACCCGAAUACUACUCUCGUCUGCUGAAUGAGAUUGAAAUAGUUGGCUGGGAUAGGCUUAUCUACAUAGAUUCGGACUUCAAGGAACUGCAUUUGAUGGUCAAAGAUGACAGGGGUAGAGAGCACAUUCUGAAAAUAUUAAUUUCACCUCAGUAUCCAAAGGUUUCACCAGAAUUUAAAGCUGAUCUUCCCCUUCAAUUCGAAGUACACUGGAAAACUAGUACAAGCCUGAAUGACGUCGUGGAACAGUUCACUGCAGAGCUGAGUAGUCACCAGGAUCUAUGGAUAAUGCUCGAUGAAAUCGACAGCAAUGCCUGGGUUAUCGAUCCUGAGAAUCCAUCUCCCAGCUGUUCUACCCGCCGCCUCGUUCUCGGUAACAAUGCAUCAUUGCAAGUGCUGUUAGACCCUAAACAUCCACGUGCAUUACCAGAGUGUAUAUUCAUGGGAGCAGAGUAUGUUGUGGGAAAGUUCCGUGACAGUUUUAGAAGUGGUGCAGAAAAAUGGAACCCAUCUGAUACUGUUCUUGAGAAUCUACAGAAACUAGUUGGGGUGAAGCUACCUUCUCCUGCCACAACAAAUAAGGAGGACUUCACGGUCGAGUGUGGGAUCUGUUAUGCAUACAAGCUUGGAAAAGCCAUUCCUGACACAGCGUGUGAAGAUACAAGAUGUGGACAGCCCUAUCACCAAAUGUGCCUGUAUGAGUGGCGGAGAUCUGUAGCAACAAGUCGCCAGAAUUUCAACACCAUUUUUGGUGAAUGUCCAUAUUGCAGUAAGGUAAAUAACAUGUAGCCCAUAUUGUAGUGCAUGCACUAGCUCUAGAACUAUAGCCCUCUGGCUAUAGGCGGCGCCUGCGGCGGAGCAGAGUGAUGCGAGUAUUUCUACCGAUUUUGUAAUAUGCAUGAGUAAAUCAAACAGCAUUUUGUUUUAAAUAUAAUUGUUAUUUACUAAAUAUAGAUGCCUGCAAUAAUAACAUCUAAAUAUACAAUAUAAUAGUAUUAACAAUAAAGAAAACACAGCAUAGUGGAGCAAAGAUGUGCAAUAAGAAAAGCAAAAUUUCAGUAAUUGCCACCAAUUACUAUUCCAUUUGCGAUCAUUAUACCUUAUUACUGUAUUACGUGUAACUAGACAAUUCACAACAAGUAUUUACAUGUGCAAUGAAGAAAUAUUAUUUUACGACAACAAUAAGCGAGAUCCUGAAAGCAAGAAUCGCCAGCACUAUUUACUGACAGAACCAGCCACCGUCACACACAACACCGGACCAUCAAUGAUAUACGUCGUAGAAUAUUAGAAUAUCAUUUCCUAUUAUCCAUUCGUAGAAUAUUAUCACUUGGUAACAUCAAUUCUUCAAAUAUGACCUUUCCUUACAAGUCGUCUAUGAAAACGGUAGGUUUGCUACACAGUAGAGUGAGUGUUUGCUACAUCGUUAUGGAGCAAAUGAUAAACUCGUUAUAAUUACGAUAG